AAACAAGAUCAGAGCCAAUUUUAGCCGACGGAUUUCCCUACCAAUCUCGUUCUAUAAUCACAAGUCGACUGAGAUGAUGGUUUUGCUCCUGCGUUAAUUCGAAAUAAACAAAGAUAAUGGCUCAUUCACUAACCCUCUGCCACAUCACCCAUUGCCAAACGCACCGCAGGAGGGUUCACAUGUUCUUUCAGAGAGCAAGAGUCUGGACAUCCCAUCAAAAACCCAAAUCCCAAGAGGCAUUGAAUCUUACACUUGUCCAGGACUGUGAAAUCGGCUGGUUCAGUAGUUUGGCUGUAAUGAUGGUGAAUGCAAGGCCCUUCUGGCCUCUCUAGAGAUCAAAUGGAACAAUCUUCCUUUUUUUUUAUUU